GCCUGCGCGGCGGCUGGCCACCAUGUCCGCGCCGCCCGCGUUGCAGAUCCGGGAGGCGAACGCGCACCUGGCGGCCGUGCACCGGCGCGCGGCGGAGCUGGAGACGCGGCUGCUGGCGGCGGAGCGCACGGUGCGCGCGCAGGCCGAGCGCCUGGCCCGCCACGACCAGCAGCUGCGCGCCGCCCUGGACGAGCUGGGCCGCGCCAAGGACCGGGAGAUUUCCGCCCUCCAAGAGCAGCUUCUGAGCUCUGAAGCCGCCGUCCGCAGCCUGCAGGCCGCAGUGGACCAGAGGGACCAGAUGAUCCAGCAGCUGCAGCCCCAGGCUGAUCUGCUGCAGGACAUCGCUCGCCGGCGACCACCCCUGGCUGGGCUGCUGGCCGCCCUGGAGGAGGCUGAGCGACUGGGCCCCUUGCUGGCCAGCAACCAGGGCCAGCUACUUCCCGAUGGGCCUGGCCCACCCCUGAGCAACAGCACUGGGGAGGAGGGCCAAGACAAGCUUCAGCCUGCUGUGUUUGGGACCACUGUGUGAGCUGCCCUGGCAGUUCAGAUCUCAGAAUGUGUGGCCAAGGCCCAGAGCCCUGGACGUCACCAGUGUCCCGGAGGGCACCUGGGACAUUACUGGAUCCCAUCUAAACAUCAAAACUAGUGAAAGGGCAAGAUCUCAUUUAAGACCGUUUUUCCCCAGUGCUUGGGGCAUCUGCUACGUUCAGUUUAUUUUAAAUAAUUCCCAAAAUAAAGAAGGGUGGGGCAGUGGCUCAGUGGUAGAACCCCUCACUUAUGCACAGGCAUGGUGGCAGCCUGACAGAUGGACACCUGCCAUCCCAGCACUGGUAAAGAAAUGAGAGUCUGACCCCUCGUCUCAGUUGGACUCUGAAGCUGUGCUGUUUCCUGUUUGAGUCAGGGUCCCACAUAGCCUAGGCUAGCCUCUAACUUACUGUCUCAGGAGGGUGACCUUGAGCUCUGCUGGGAUGAUGUGAGCCCACCACCAGAUCCUGUCUUCUUUGGGGUUUUUGUUUGUUUGUUUGAUUUUUGCUGUGAGAUGGGGUCUCCCUCCAUAGCCUAGGCUUCCCUGGAGCCCACAGUCCUCCCAAGUACUCCGAAUAUUGGUGUGAGCCACUGGGCCCCACUGAUGUCACUCCCCUUUUUUCUUCUUUUUUUUUUUUUGGAACUGAGGAUCGAACCCAGGGCC